AUGGCGUCCCAAAGGGUGGCCCGAGCGGUAUUUAAGGACUUGCGGUUUUCGCCGGGGCUUGAGGUGAUAGGAGACGAGGGAGGAUACCGUGGCUCCCAGGGAACCGAACUUGGGCAAGUUCUUUCCAGCGUUUCAAGACGCUAUAAAGCAGUUUCUAGAAACUGCCGACCCGGGGGGAUGGCUGCACCUCGAGCGGAUUCCCGAGCCCCCAGGAAGGAGGCAUGGAGGGCUCAAGCGCCGGCGCCACUGGGCAUCCAUUUGGACGCAAGCUUUGAAACAUAUUUAUCUCCAUUUGCAUGGUGUGCAGACUUUAUUGUUGUAAAUAUGGAUGGCGACACUGAUAAUGACGUCAGCGAUGAUGGAGCUGAAUUAUUAAGUGAAUAUUUUGGUUCAGAUGUUAUUCCGGAUACAUCCAGUGAUGGUGGCUUGACUGUAGACUCCGAAUUUGAAGACUCUGAUUACAGCUUUGAGGAACAAUCCAUACAUGAUACUGAAGAUGAAUAUGAUGAAGACAAUGGAGUUAAUGGAAAUGAUGAAGAUGAAGAUGACAAUGAAGAUGUUGAAGAAAAUAAUCUUCCAGCAAAUUUAAAAAGAUACAACCCUAGCUCACUGAAUGUUUCCCCAACAAACAAAAGAAGACGACCAUCUGUUCCAGAUCAUUUUACGCAUUUAGAAGAACUUCUUGAAAGGACAAACAGGCAGAUUACCAAUAUUUAUGACACUGUUUCAAGAAUGCAAGAAGUUUGUGAGAUGUCACAGACAGAGAGAUGUGAAACUUGUGGUGACUCCUUAAAUGAGACAGAACAGGCAACCCAGAACCAGGACAACCCUGAGGGAACAGUUCCUCAGCCAGUGGCAGAGGCCGAGCCUGAAGAGCUAGUUUCCGACCUUGACAUAGUGCCCAUCGAUGAAGGUGCUCAAAGAAUCGACAAUGCCAUCAUCUCGUCUGAGCAGCCUGCUGUGGAAGCACCUCUGGCUUUGCUGCAACCAGUAGACCCCAUUCUGGCCAAUGCCCCGAAUGGGAUGAUUUACCCAGUUGUCGUGGGAGUUGAGAAUAUCAGCGCCAAUGCUGUCCCACCAUUUGUCUACAUCCCUCCCUAUUUGGAAAUGCCAGAAAUUGCAGAAGCCAGUGUUGGAAACCACACCCUGACAAUGAACAAUCCAACUUUUGAGGAAAAUCACGAAGAGGAAGACACUUUCAAUCCACCUGUCUUUCACAACUUCAAUACUCCAGUAACACCAGAAGCAGCCUUGGAAGAGAACCCUGAGACAGUGAAUUACCCACCCGCAAUGGGAAAUAGCAGUGUCCAGCAAAAUUCAUCAUCAUCUUCUAGGCCCCUGUCUGAUUCCGAGAUUGAAGAAGUUGUACUGGUAGAAAUGCCAAGAAAAACUGAAGUCAUCGUGAAUGACAAUAAGGAGACAGUAUAUUAUCCUGCUUUAUUAGGAAAUAUUGUUCCUCCGGAUGCUGAAACUAUAGCUGCCUCCCUAUCUUCCGAGUCAGUAAUUGAAAAACUUGUACUAAUAGAAGUACCAGUUCAUCCAGAAAACAUUGUGGAUAACAACCCUGAGACACUGAAUAACCCAAUUAUACCAGAAAAUGGUGGAAACCAAGAACCUGCUGCUGCAUCAUUUCCUUCAGAAAUUGUAAUAUUGGGCACUGAAGAAAGCACCUCUCAGAUAAUGAAUGACCUAUAUGCAUUGGAAAAUUAUGGUAACCAAAUUAUGCCAUGCCCUGUCUCUGUUCGUCCUGGUCUUGCAUAG